UGCAUUUCACGUUUUUAUACCCAGAGACUGCUUUAACGUCCUCCCCGUGUCUUGUAUUUCCAGGGAAAGGCCAUGGUAAACAUUCAAAAUCGGCGGGCCGCAGAGUCGGCACUGCAUGAUCAGACGAAUUACCUUCCUCAUAAACAGCUGCUGCUUACGUUCUUCGUCCUCGCAGUAACUCUUCUAGUGUAUUUUAUUGACCAGAUUGGUGUAGGCCAAAUACUGCCUACUGUAGGCAAAGACGUAAGUGUUUUCACUGAAUACUAUUUUACCUUUCCAAGAGAUCCCAUCCUCCCUCGGUCAACUGUAAUCUUUUGAGCAUAUGCUUAAUUCUGAAUGCUUUAUAGCUACAUGCCACAAACACCAUCUCCUGGGCCGGCACAGCCAGUCUCAUAGGCAACACUACUUUUCAGGUCUUGUAUGGCCGACUCUCUGAUAUUUUUGGUCGCAAGCGCAUCUAUCUUUCUGCCGUGGCGCUGCUCGCAUUCGCUGAAAUCAUGUGCGGCGUCUCACAAAAUGCGCCUAUGCUGUACGUCUUCCGGGGACUUUCUGGCGUUGCUGGUGGUGGCGUCACCUCCCUGACCAUGAUGAUCGUAAGCGACAUCGUCUCCCUCGAACGGAGAGGAAAGUAUCAGGGUAUUCUUGGCUCCAUGGUCGGCGUUGGCAAUGUUGCUGGUCCGUUUUUGGCAGCGGGAUUUGCGGAAAAGGAGUGGAGAGGCUUCUUUUACUUUAUCUGUCCAACGGCAGCAGUCUGUGGUGGAGUUGCGUGGUGGUUCCUACCAAACAGCAUGCCGAAGGGUGAUUUCAAAGAAAAUGUAAAAAGGAUCGACUGGUGGGGUGUCGUUACGUCGAGCGUUGGUUUGAUCUUGGUAUUAAUUCCUGUGUCCGGUGGUGGAUCGUAUUUCGAGUGGAAGUCGCCGAUGGUCAUUUCCAUGCUAACGAUCGGAGUGUUGUUUUUGGUCGCGUUUGUUAUGGUGGAGUGGAAGGUGUCGAGGCUGCCUAUGAUUCCACUCUCACUUUUUAGAAACCGACCAGUUGCAGCGAUGCUGAUACAAAACUUUCUUUUCGGUCUGUGCAUAUAUACACAACAGUAUAUGCUUCCGCUGUACUAUCAGAACGUGCGACGAAUGACUCCAAUUCAUUCGGCUGAAAUGAUGAUCCCGUUGACGGUCACACAAGCCAUCAUGUCGACAAAUUCCGGGCAGUACAUAUCGCGCUUCAAGCGCUACGGCGAGGUCUUAUGGGUGGGGUUCUUCUUGUUUGCUAGUGGUACGAGCCUUUGCCUGCUCUUCGAGAGGACAACGCCACUAUGGAAAGUUGGCCUCAUUUUAGGAAUCACCGGCCUGGGUAAUGGAAAUGUGUUCCAACCCGUUAUCGUGGCAUUGCAGGCACACUGCACGAAACCACAGCGUGCUGUUGUGAUUUCUGUGCGAAACUUCCUACGCUGUCUUGGCGGAUCUAUCGGACUGGCCGUAUCGUCGGCGAUUUUGCAAAACGUUCUGAAGAAGGAACUACCCAAGGAGUUUUCAUACUUAGCUGACAGCACGUACGCGAAGCCAGACUACAGCAACUUCAGCGAGAAGGAUGGACUGGCCAUCAACGAGGCUUAUGCGAAGGCGAGCCACACGGUUUGGAUCUUCAUGUCUCCUGUUGCUUGUCUUGCGUUCGCACUUUGUAUAUUUGUCCGGGACCGAGGAUUGACGAGGCCAGAUGAGGUGCCCGAGGGUCUGCAGGUCCAAGAGCAGGUUGGCGAUGUCGAAAAGGCACUGCCAAGCGAAGAAGCGGAGCGCCCAUCGCAUGAAAAACUAGACUUGGCGAACGCAAGCCUGGAUUCGCUAGGGAAGCGUGAAGACAAAGAUCACAUCGAUGAAGAGGGAGAUGGGACGAUGUAACACGUAGAUAGACAGCAUGAUAUUCUAGAAGACGAAGUGAACAGCUGAACAAGAGCGUGUUAAAGA